AUAUGUGAAAGUAGUUCCGGGCACCGAACUAAGGGGGGAGAGUCCCGGAUGUUGGCUCGGCUGCCGAGAGAAAGGCGAACGGGAGAAGGCGGAGAAGCCGAGUAGAGGGACGGCGCGGCACUGUAGGCACACCGGGCGAAGAUCUCUGCACAGAGGACAACAACUGUCAGGAGCACUGGGCUCUCCUGAGCUGGCGGGGAAGGACACUCUGCGUGGACAAGAGGUGGUGGACGAAGCGGGGAGACAGCUGCUGUUAAACUACCGUGAGGAUUACCAGAGAGAGCCGCCGUCUCUGCUGCUUUCAUCCUGAAGGACAGAGUGGAGUAUCUGAGGAGGAAGUGAAUGUGUAGUUUGGGGUGAGGAAGGAGCUCCAGUAAAGCCAGGUGUAAAGGAUGCAGGGACGCACAGAAGACGCUAUGCUGACGUCCUAAGCUGUCCUCAUUUCAUCUCUCUUCCUAGUCAGUUCCAACACUUGGACUAUUUUCACCAACGUUAACCACUUCCUCCGGCUUUUUUUUUAUAUAUACCCCCCCGUUCCCUUCUGCCUGGCCUGCCGUCACCAUGACGUCGGAGCUGGAGAGCAGCCUGACCUCCAUGGACUGGCUCCCUCAGCUGACCAUGCAGGCGGCCAUCCGCAAGACGGACGCCCAGAAUGCCCACGGGCCCGGCAUGGGCAAGAAGAGCACCUUACUGGAUCACACCACCACGCUGGAUCAGGAGGAGGUGCAGCAGCACAAGGACGGCAAGCCUCCGUACAGCUACGCCAGCCUCAUCACGUUCGCCAUCAACAGCUCGCCAAAGAAGAAGAUGACGCUGAGCGAGAUCUACCAGUGGAUCUGUGAUAACUUCCCCUACUACAGGGAGGCAGGCAGCGGCUGGAAGAACUCAAUACGGCACAACCUGUCGCUAAACAAAUGUUUUCUCAAAGUGCCUCGCUCCAAAGAUGACCCUGGGAAGGGCUCCUACUGGGCCAUCGACACCAACCCGAAGGAGGACGCUUUGCCGACUCGGCCAAAGAAGAGGCCACGGUCUGGAGAGCGGGCUUCCACACCAUACAGCCUGGAUUCAGAGUCUUUGGGGAUGGACUGUAUGAUCUCUGGAAGUGCCUCUCCAACGCUGGCAAUCAACACUGUGACUAACAAGGUGUCGUUGUACAACACAGACCAGGAAGGUAGCGAUAGUCCGAGAAGCAGCCUUAACAACAGCCUGUCUGAUCAGAGUCUAGCCUCUGUCAAUCUCAACAGUGUGGGCAGCGUUCACAGCUACACACCGGUGACCAGUCAUCCGGAGCCCGUGUCCCAGUCGAUGAGCCUGCAGCAGCCCCCCCAGUCCCAGUACAGCAUGCCAGACAGGGAAAAGCAGCUCCCGUUCUCAGACUUCGAAGAUCUCAGUGCCUCCUUCCGCAGCCUUUACAAGUCUGUUUUUGAGCAGUCCUUCAGCCAACAAGGUCUGAUGGGUAUGCCGUCGGAUAACUCCCAGCAGACCCACACCUCCUGCUCCUAUCAGCACUCCCCCAGUGGCACCAUCAACACUCAGAACAGCCUGUCAAACAACCAGCCCAACAACCACCACAACAACCACCCCGCCAACAGCGGCCAGGUUCCCCUGUCCCACCCGGCCCAGGCCCACCCCGGCCACGGAUCGCCCCACGCCCAGCACCUCUCGCAGCACAACCAACACGGCCAGCACCCGCAGCACGCCGCGCACUCCCAGCACGGCCAGCACCCGACCCACGGCCAGCAGCAGCACACGGCGCACCCGGCCCAGCACAACCAGCACCCCUCCCAACACGGACAGCAGCACCAGAGCCUCUCCCACCCGCAACAGAUGGCCUGCAACACAGGUUUACGGUCUGAGUGGUACCCGAAUCUGGAUGCCCUGAAAGAAAGCUGUCGUAUUGCCAGCAGCUAUAACUGGGCUGAUGUCGACCUUUCUCCUUUCCAAGGUUUACGAGAAAGCAUGAGACAGGCUGAGCUGAACAAUUGGUGCCUUGAACCCACCCAGAUUGCGGACCUCUGCUCGUCCAUCAACCAGUUCUUUGCUCGCACCGGCGUCAUCCAGCAGCAGGGGGCGGUACAGAGUCCUGUGUGUCACAGCGCCAUGCACACCAACAAACCCGGCCAGCACCUCAACACAGGAAGCCUCUACAUGGACACAAGACAGAGUAUGCCCCCCAUGAUGGGUCCCCCCGGAUACCCCCACAUGCCCCCCAUGAGCAACACGGGACCCACAAUGACAGGACACCAUGCACAGAUGAACCAGCAGCACAUGAUACCUUCCAGGACCUUCCAGAUGCAUCGCAUGCAAGCCGACGACAUCCAGGACGAUUUCGACUGGGACUCCAUCGUCUAGCCGCUCCACUUCCCCGUUAAAGCAAGUCCAAGCCGAUGGAGGAGGAGGGGGGGCGAAACCCGGAGGAGGCCAGGCUGGGCCGACGAGGCCGCAGGUUGUGUGAUGCAGAGGAACGUUUGACACGGCGAAAAACCCCACAGACUUCAGAGUCCUGACAAUUGUCCACACGGCGAACCAUAACCAGAAAAUGUUGUUACUUUGAAGACAAUCAUGUUUAGUCAGACCUGAUCUCGUCUGGAGACGAGUGGAGCUCAUUAACAGUGAACCUCCUCAGCCAGCCCCCUCCUCUUACCCAGAACAUCCUCUUCCUGCCACACCCCCCCCACGCGACCCCUGACCCCUCUGCUCCUUAACUGUCAUGUGAUUUGAGCGACGUGUUCAGCUUGUAAUUCUUCUCGUGUCGACUUGGGCCUCAGCUGCCUCUAAGAUGAAGUUCUCUCUCUCCAAGUUUCUCUCCCCUCUGUUUAUUUUUUUUUGUUUGAUAUUUUUGUCUCUCUAUUUUAUUUUUUUUAAGAAAACACAGGCCGUCUGUCUCUGUGAGUAACGUGAUGGUGCUCGUUGGUCGCUUCUGGGGAAAACAGGUUUACAAAUGUUUGAAAUCUGAACAGGGUGGAGUUUUUCUGUUUGUUUUUAUCCCCACUGGUUUGAUUUUAUUUUAUGUUUUUUAAAACCAGGAGUUGAGCCGCAGAGGAAUCCCACAGGGUGCUGUGAUCGGCUCUCUGUGUGUCAUGGGAGAACAGAGACUCUCAUCGUUCGCUCUUUAACACUUAAAGAUGAAUGAAUUUUGAUAUUGAGGAGAUGAAAUCAGGAGUGUGAAAACAGAUCUUUGAAUUGAAUCUGCGUCUUGUGAAGUUUAGAGUUGUUUAGAUUCGUUACAGAAACUGUAGCAGCUUUAGAAAUUCAACAAAACUCAAACAAUUUUAGUCUCUAUUGUUCACUAAAUAAGAUGCUGCCACUCAAAAACCGUUAGAUAAUCUGUAAGAAUCACGACGCACAAUCUGAGUUGAGUUUUAUUUUAGAUUCAAGGGUUCUUUUUUUGUCAUAUCACUUCUGCUUGUUUGUGGUACAAAAUUUGGACUCGGGUCACAGAUUAAGAAAUUUAAUACACAAAUAGAUUAAUAAUAGAGAUCAGUCUGAACAUCUGUUAACAUCUCAGUUUUUCAGCCACAGAAACGUCUGAAACUGCACCUCCGAUCCCGAAUAAUAAAUAUAUUAAUAGAUAAAUAGACCAACAUCUGCAAGAAAAUAUAGAGAGAAACUAUUAUUAAACCAACGUUUCAUUCAGGGAAAAAACACUUCAGUGAGAUUUUACUUGAUGAUCAAUAAUCUGAUUUAUUAUUGACUCAAUUAUUGAAAUAAUUAACUAAUUUAGUAAUCGAUUGAUCAUUAAUUCGAGCAUACAGAAGGCAAAGCAGUAAUUAAGCCUAAACUGUAUUAAAAAUAUACACAUUUAAGAUAAAAAUUUAUUAUUUUUCUGUAAAUAUAUUCUCCAUAAAUGCUAGAUUUAUCUUAAUCUGGCUCAAAUUAUGUAAACACUCAGAUUAAGCACCAAUUAUUAAUCCAAAAAUAAUCAGCAGAUGUUGAUAGAAAGGGCUGAGCUUCUCACCUGCUCACAUUAAAAAUAUUAAACUUCAGAUUCAUCCUUUGAUUCAAAUGAUUUGUUAAUGAUGCCAUUAUUGCUCUUUAAGCAGUAAUAAUGUUUAUUUUAUCAUUUAAAAAAGGAAUUCCAUUCUUUAUUUGCAUCUUUUUAAUCUUGGAUAAAACAUCUGCAGAAUAUGGCCUUUUUUUCAGGUUUAUUCAAUAGAACAAUUGAUCACUGAAAUAAUCGUUAGUUUCAGCCCCAAUGAUCAAUAGUAAAGUAUCUGUUUGUGAACAUUGGAGACAUUUUGAUGCUACCUGCAGAGUCUGAUCCAAUCAGGACAGGAUAAAAUUCACAUGUCGGUGGAUCAGACAUGUGUUGGAUCAGUUUAUUGUUGUUUUCUUUUUUCAAAUUGUAAUUUUAGGGCUGCACUCACCUCUGCUCUGUGUGAGCAUGAAGCACACGGUGAAGGCGGCGCAGGCAGGCAGACCCAGGAGGUUUUCUCAAGCACAGAGCAGUGGAGCGACCCGAAGGUUCUCCAGAACCGGCUCCACGGUCAGACCGCUGCUGGUCUAAAGAGACACUAUGGUUAGAGGAGGAUGAGCCCUUUGCACAUGAGUACCUUUUGUUUACUUGGCUUCCAGAUGCAAAGCCGAUCCCGUUUCAUCCACGACUCGCUGCUGUCAUGCAGCGGCCGCUCUGAUUGGCCGCUUUCCUGCGCUGCGUCGGGUUUUACCGUUCUGGUGCUCUCCAGCUUCAACACUGUGUCUCUGAUAGAAGGAGUAGCACAAUGUUACUGGGAUUAUAUUCAGGCUUUUUAAUCUGGGAGUUGAGGAAUUAACUAAUCGCUCAGCCGAGUUUAGCAUAAAGACUGGAAACUGUUGUCCAGAUUAGAGGCGCACUGAUUUAUCGGAGCCGAUUUCACCGCACUUUACCAACUCUUCCACUUUCUUCCUCCAUUCAGCAACAUUUCAGACAAAACAAAUCGGUAUCUGCCAAAAUCUGGUUUGGCAGUUCAGGCUUUUUAAAGAUCGGUAAUCUACAAUCGGCCUAAAAACUGCAAUCGGUGCACCGCUACUCUACAUAAACCCACAAGAUUUAAUCUGAUUAGGUUUAUUCUCGGUUUAGAGGACUGAUAAAUAAAACAAACCUGGUUCAUGUUUGGUGAUAAAUUAAGUUUUAUGAAGUGAAAGGGAUCAUUUUCAUAAGUUUUUAAUAAAUAGCUCAUGCAAACGUUUUCCCCAUCCUCAACUGAGCAGAUUCUGAUUUUAAUAAUGUUAAAGAUCUAGAGCACAUAGAGUAGAAAACGUUACCUGCAGGUUGGCCUGUCAUAUUUACAAAUUUUACUGGACAAUAAAUUGUCCCAGAAGUUAUUGUGAUAAACGAUAAUAUUGUUUUGAGACCAAUUUCAACCAGUAUAAUGUCAUAAUAACAAUAAUAAUGAAACAACAGAUUUUCAAAGAUCAAUAAACUUCAAAUUCUAAUAAAUAUUUAACACUGGAAAUGGAAAACAUUAAAUAAACAAAACUAAUUAAAUGAUUCAUAAAGUCUCUAAACAAAACUGAGCUUCAUAAAAAGCUUCAGCUGAGAACAAAACACCCGACUGAAAACUUUUAUCUUCCAGUGUGAGAAACAACAAAUCAUGCAAAUAGAAGUUAUUGAUUUUUUUUUUUUAUUGAUUAUGCGAUUAAUUGAUUUAUUGUGACAGACCUGCCUGCAGGUCCCUGUUUCUGAAUCCAACAGAAAAUAAAUUGAUCAUUUCCAUUUAUGAGAGUUUGUUUGAUUUGUAUCUAAAGCCCUUAAAGGUUCUUGAUAUUCAAACUGCGUAGUUUUAUAAUAAAGUCAAAUCUAACAUUUAAAUUUAAAGCUCAAACCUGAUAAAAACUCAUUUUUUUCUCACAGUCUGAAAUUAAAUCAGAACCAACUUUUCUUCUUUUUAGAUCAGUUAAAAUUUCAUAAUUUACUUUAACAUUUUGCUAUAUUUUAUUUGUAGAGUAUCAAAUGCUGUCACAAAACUUCACUAACAGUAAUAAAUUAUAUCACAUAGCAGGAUUGAAACUUUUUUAGUUUAUUUGUAUUUUAUCUCCAGGAAAAUUUUAAAACACUUGAAAAGUGAAUUUUUAGUUUGGUAAAAUGUACAAACCCUGAUUUAUGCAUGAAUUUGUUUAUGAUUAAUAUUAAUCUAAACAGUGCAGGUACAAACUGAAUAUUUAACAUUUCGAUAAAGUCGAUCGGUUUCGAUCUCUGGCUGGUUGAUCGGUGCGUCUCCUGGUUUCCUCUCAGUAAAUUAAUUUAUCACCAAACCUAAAUGAAUUUAGUUUUUAAAUCUUUUUACCCUCAGUUUGUUUCCAGUCUUUAUUCUAACCAAACAUCAGGUCCCGUUAGCCUUUGUUUGUUUUGUUUUGUUUUAUUUUACAGGGUUUCGUCUCCUGGUGUUGCUGUUCUGUUUGACUUCACAUUAAAACGACAAUCAUCGAUUUUUUUCAUUAUUUUUUUAAAUAUCACAAGAUGUUGUGAAAAUGAGGCACUUUGAGAUCGAACAUUUUAUUUUAUUGUUUUAGUUCAGUUGAACAUUACAGAACCAAACUCUGUAGAUGUUUAUUUUUCUUUGCCUGGUUUAUACUGUGGAUCGUAGAUCUUGAACACCCAGAAGCUGCACUGUGCAGAAGAAACUCAAAGAGCUCUGAUUUCAGCUUAUAAAACUGCCAUUUCUUAACGUGUUCUCUCUUUUUUUAACCUCCUGCCAGUCUCGUGUGUUCGCCUCUGCUCCUCUCUCGCUCAUGUUUCUGUCAAACUCAUUUCUCGGAGCCGAGUCGUGAAUCUUCUGGGAGGUCGGCACGGGGUCACGGCGACGCCUUUCAGCUCUUCCAGGCGAAGACUGAGAAAACGGACUUUUGCACGAACUCAUCCGCCGACGGGAGACGAUUGGAUGAAAGGGGAAAGAAAAAACAAAAAAAAAGGGAAAAGGUGAAGAAACGACUGGAUCCCAGUUUUUACAUUUUGUCCGUUUGUGUGCGUUCUCGUGGAAGUUUUUACUUUUCUUCUUCCUGUUUUUUUUUUUUUUUCUUUUAAUACAGCUGGACAUGUACCUGCCAGAGAGAUUAUUAUUAUUAUUGUUAUUAUUAUUAUUAUUGGGGAGAAAAAAAAAACAAUAAAAAAUAAAUAAACCUUGUUACAACAUUGGAGAGAACUGCCAACAUCUACUGCUGAUUGGGGCCUGUUUUAUUCAGUGCUGGUGUGUUGUUGUGCUUGUACAUAAUGUGUCUUUUCAAUCAUCCCCUUUUUUCUCCUGGGGGGGGAUUCAUAAGAGAGAGGCGGGAAAAGAAUAUUUUGUUAUUGUCCUAUCAGAGGGUGACAGUAUGUAUAUAUCUAUAUUGUAUAUAUGUGAUGAAAAUGCGUUGGCUUUUUGUGUGACACUACCUUUUACCUGUACCUAUGGUUCUACAUUCAGUGUUUUCAGUGUUGAAAGUAUAUAUUUGGUUUGUGUUUUUAUUUUGUAGUUUUUAUUUCGUCUUUGUCAUUUCUUUCUCUUUUUUUUUGUUUUGUUUUUGUUUUUGUCUCCCUGUUUGUUUGUUUACUGCACGGUUUAUUACUUUUGUUGUCAGAUGAGGUGACACAGCUACUCUUUGUAUUCGUUUAGUGCUGUAAAAUAACUCAAGUGUUAUUAGAAAAUUGUCGAUACCAACGCCCGACCCGACCCGUCCUCCCCUUCCCCCAAUAUGCAUGAAUGGCACUUAAAGAAAUAAAAUAUGGUAACUCCACUGUGGAAUAAUGUGA